UACCCCAAAAGGGAAGACCCCUGAUACCGCCCAUUUGUUGCCACGACUCCUUGCUUCAUCUACUACCACCAUGUCUCGUCCAACGUAUACCCAAUGCCUCUGGCUGGCCCUGUUUCUCGCCAUCACUGCUGUUCAGGCCCAUAUGAUUGAUGUCGUUGCGGGCAAGAAGGAGUGUUUCUUUGAGGACUUGCAUAAACAAGACAAGAUGACGGUUACCUACCAAGUUGGUGAUGGAGGACACUUGGAUAUUGACUUUUGGCUAACGGGCCCUGGUGGAGGCGUCCUCGGAAAACAAGUGAAGCAAUCCACUGGCUCACUUUCGAUAACUGCAGAAAAAGAUGGACGACACGAAUACUGUUUCUCAAAUCAAAUGAGUGCCAUUGCCGACAAGCUUGUCAGCUUCAACGUUCACGGUGUCAUCUAUGUUGGAGAUGAUGAUGUCGUCGCGCCUAUUGAACGGGAAAUUCGUCUGUUAGCCAGUGGGCUCGCCUCUGUGAAGGAUGAACAAGAGUACAUUGUUGUACGAGAACGCACACAUAGAAACACCGCAGAAUCUACCAAUUCUCGCGUAAAAUGGUGGUCCGUGCUACAAGCUAUUGUCCUAUUCUCAGUUGUAGCAUGGCAGGUAUACUAUCUCAAGUCAUUCUUCGAGGUAAAACGUGUAAUAUAACCGUUCCAUAAUAUCAACCUUCUGCCAUCUGGACUAUUGACAUUAUCCCUUUGUAAACCUGUAAUUUUAGAGUGAAUAACGCGAGGCUAGCAAGGUCAACGUCAAUUCCUGGCAGUAGUCUUUUUUUGU